CGAUCGAUCAAAUAAAUACCACUUACUCAUUCUCCACCGUCACCAACACCUUCAUCAACACUUCACUAACCCCAUUUUCAAACAACAAUAUUAUAAACAUGGCAGAUGCUGAUAACACCACUCCAGCAACCACUGAAGGUACUCAAGAACCUGAUUUACACUUUGAACCAUUGGUUAAACUUGAUGCAGUAGAAACCAAAACUCAUGAAGAAGAUGAAGAAGUGUUUUUGAAACUUCGAGCCAAACUUUUCAAAUUCGAUAAAGAGGCUGGAGAAUGGCAGGAACGUGGAACUGGUGAUGUGAAGAUCUUACAACACAAAACCACACAGAAAUUCAGAUUAGUGAUGCGUCGUGAUAAGACUUUGAAAGUGUGUGCAAACCAUUACAUCUCUCCGGAUAUGACACUUGCAUGUAAUGUAGGAUCAGAUCGAUCCUGGGUUUGGAAUGUUACCGCUGACACCAGUGAUGAAGGUACGAUGGCUGUGACUUUGGCGAUCAGGUUUGGUAACUCAGAAAAUGCCAAUAUCUUCAAGGGCAAGUUCGAAGAAGCUCAAAAGAUCAAUGGAUCAUUGGCGCCAUCUACUUCUGCUGAGAAGUCCGAUGCCGCACCUACUACCGAUUCUGACUCAAAGGCCGAAGCUGAAACUGAAACUGAAACAAAAGCUGAGGAAGAGACACCCGUGGUUCAAAGUGAUGCGUCUGCUGAUGCAGUUAAGGAAGCUGCUACUACCGAGUCAGCUGAGGAAAAGAAGAAAGAGGAAGAGACUACUGAGAGUUGAUUUGUUGGAAGUUGUAUGAUGAGGAAAGGAGAGAUUGAAAGAGAUUUUGUGAUAUGAAAUCAAACUCCUUUCUUUAUUUGAUUGUUUGAAACCAAAAACAACUUCUCCUAAACCUUUCUAAAUCCCAUUUUGGCAUCCUUUUUGCUACGAUUUUUUUCUACUUUCUGUUCCAACCCUUCUCCGUACCCCAGAUUAUACUUGUGGAUUUCCUUUUUAUUUUGAAUUUUAUUUUUGGGGUAAGAAUCUAACAUGGUUGAUAAUGAUCCAUAAUUUCCAUUUUUUUGCUUCUGUUGGAAAGAACCAUUGGAGUUCCACCUAGAU